GACAGAGCUAUAAAAUAAAUGAACACGCACGUUUCACAUUCAUUCAAAUUCCCGAGGAAGCAACCGCGAAAUCUCUAUCUCUCUUUCUCGCUUCCAAUUGCUGCCAGUCAAUCACUAUAAUUAACAACAAGAACAAGCGAUAGCCUUUAAUUCUAUUUUAGGGUUCCCAAUUCAACUCUAUUUUUUCCCUUUUGAAAGCUUCAAAUUUUGUCUUCCUUCAUUUGAUUUUUAUUUGUUUUUCUGAAGAAUUGUUGAGAUUUGAAGGACAAUUUGAAGAAUCCUUUGAAAUUUGUCUAAUUUUCCUGUUUCAAAUUAUCGAAUGUCCGCUUUUGCGGUUUGUAGGCGGGUCCGUCAAUUUGGGACCAAUUCGGGAAUCAUUUUCGGAAGAUAUCGAGGAUUUGGUGUUUCGUUCGAUUGUAAUUCCAAUUCCUUUGCUUCGAUUCCUCGAUUUAGGCAGAUUUCUCAGCUUGUCAAAAGCAACGGAAAGCGAGUGUUUCUUGUUGACACGUUAGCCCUUGUCAGAAGAUUGGAGGCAGAGGGCUUGCCCUCAAAGCAUGCUGAGGCGAUAACAGCUGCCAUAACUGAAGUUUUGAAUGACAGCUUGGAAAAUGUGUCUCAGUCGGUUGUAUCAAAGGCAGAGAUGCAAAAAAAUGAAAUGAUUCAAGAUACCAAUUUGUCCAAAUUCAAAUCUGAAGUCCAGAAUUCGCAGGAACAUCAUUUUUCUUUGUUGCAACAUGAGACUGAAAAGCUUCGGAAUGAUAUUGAGAAGAUGCGCAGUGAAUUGAGGCAUGAAAUUGACAAAGUGACUGCUGGACAACGAUUAGAUUUGAAUCUUGAAAGAGGGAGGAUUCGGGAUGAGCUGGCAAAUCAGAAUGCUGAAACAUCUAACCUUACGAACAAACUUGACAGGGAAAUUCAUGCAUUAAGAGCCCAAUUGGAAGGUGCAAAAUAUGAUGUGAUAAAGUACUGCAUAGGUACCCUUGUCUCCAUAUCUGCUGUUGGUCUUGCUGUGCUCCGAAUCUUGAUGUAAACCUAUAUUACUUGCAAUCAAUGGUUGCAUGACCCAUCGAGGAAAAUAAUAGCUCGUUUUUUUGAAGCUAUUAUUUCACUUGCAAAAGAAAGUGUAAAAGUAAAAUUCUGAUUUUUCCCCUUUUUGUUAAUUUUUUUACUUGUAUCAUCAAACAAGAACAAAAUUGAUUUGGAUGUAUGAUGUAAUGGUGUGGUGUAUUCUACUUCAUUGAGAGGAUGUAUUGGAUAUAAGAUGAGAAAUGAGUUCUUUUUUUUUU